AUGUCAAGAGAACCAAUUAAUUUUAAUAUUUUAGAAUUAACUUCUGUAAUUGAUGAAUAUAUAUGUCCAAUUUGUAUGGAAACAUAUUAUAAAAAAGAAAUUUAUCAAUGUAGACAAGUGUGUUGUCCAUAUUCAUUCAAAAAUAUUAUUAGUGUAGAUGAAAGCGAAAUAUUAAUAAAAGAUGGGUGUGGAUGUAAAGAAAUUAUUAAAUUAGAAGAAUUGGAUAACCACAUUGAAAAUUGUAGUUUUAGAUUUGUAAAAUGUAAAUAUCAUGAAAAUGGAUGCAUGGAUAAAAUCAGAUACAAUGAAAAUGAAAUUCAUUUUUCCAAAUGUGAAUACCAACCACUAAAUUGUACACAUUGUUCCAAUGUGUACUUAUUAAAAACAAUUGAACAGCAUUAUCUCGAAUGUCCCUUAAUGUUAAUAGACUGUAAAGAAUGUAAUGAAAAAAUCAAAAGAGAAGAAAUGGGUAAUCAUUUAGAUAAAGAAUGUCAAGAAGUAAUUAUUUCAUGUAAAUUAAUACAAUUUGGAUGCAAUGAUAAAAUAAAAAGAAAAAAUUUAGAAAAUCAUUUAGAUCAAAUAAACCACUCAAAACAUUUCAGUACAGCAAUAGAAAAUUUAAUCAUUAAAAACAAUCAACUUUCAAAUAAUAAAAAAGAUUUAAUAAUUAAAAAUAAUCAACUUUCAAACUGUAUAAAUGAAUUAACCAAAGGUAAAGAGUAUAAAAGUAAAUGGAUUAUUUCAAACUAUUCCAAAAUUAAUCAUAAGGUUGAUGAAUAUUUGAUAUCUCCUAAAUUUGGAUAUGCUCCGGAUCUAUUUUAUAUCAGAUUAUAUAAAAAUGGAGGCAGUAAAACUAAUAUUGGAAAUAUAGGUAUUUAUCUUCAUUCUGAAAGUGUACAAAAAAACAUAACAUUCUCAAUAACUUUAUUAAACAACGAUACCAAAAUAUAUACAAAAAAGAACAUCACUAGUAUAUUCCAUAAUCGUGGUAAGUAA